AUGCGCGCACUCGGUAGCACAGCGAUCUUCCUCUUCUCCCUCCUCUCCUCAACGCUCGCGCAAACACAGAUCACCGUCAACGCCACCUCUCUCCUCCAGGAAAUCGACGGCUUCGGUGUAUCCCAGGCCUUCACGCGCGCCAAAGAGUUUUACGAGGCCGCUGAAGGCCCUCGGCAGCGCGGUCUCGACUAUCUCUUCAACACCGAGACGGGCGCUGGUCUCACCAUCAUCCGUAACCGCAUUGGUUCCACCGCCAACGAUAGUAUCCUCCCCAGAAGCCCUGGAUCGCCGAACGGCACGCCCAACUACGUCUGGGAUGGAGGCGACUCGAGCGACUCGUACCAGGUGUGGUUCUCGAAGCAGGCUAUGAAGUAUGGCGUCAAGACGAUCUACGGCAACGCUUGGAGCGCACCCGGGUAUAUGAAGACCAACAACAACGAAGCCAAUGGUGGUUGGCUGUGUGGCGUCACUGGUCGUAGCUGCCAGUCUGGCGACUGGAGGCAGGCGUACGCCAAUCUGAUCGUCCAGUAUGUCAAGUUUUACGCGCAGGAAGGGAUCCCUGUCACCCACGUCGGGUUCUUGAACGAGCCUGACUAUGUGUACGUCUUUUCUCUUAUUCUCGAGUCAGAUGGCAACCAAGCUGCUUCGUUCAUCCCCAUCCUCCACAAAGCCCUCGCCGAUGCUGACCUAGGCCACGUCGGCAUCACCUGCUGCGACUCCAUCGGCUGGCCCGGACAGCGCACGAUGACCUCUCAGCUCGUCGCCCAAGGCAUGGAGCGCUACCUCUCCACGAUCACCUCGCACAUGUACACCGGGGACCCCAACUCGCCUAUGAACACGCGGCUCAAGACCUGGCAGACCGAGGGGUGCGACCUGCAGUCCCGGUGGUGCACCACGUGGUACGCCAACGGCGGGCUCUGCGAGGGCAUGACCUGGGCGAACAAACUCCACACUGGGAUGGUCAACGCGAAUUUGUCGGCGUAUAUCUACUGGCAGGGGUUUGAAGUCAACCAGUUCCAGGCGGCGUCGUACCUCGUCGCGAGCGAUAACAGGGACGUCUUCCCCUCCGGCCGACUCUGGGCGUUUGCGCAGUGGUCCCGCUUCGUCCGCCCGGGCGCACGGCGCGUCGCAACCUCAGGCUCGGUCGGCAACGUCGGUAUCGGCGCGUUCAAGAAUACCGACGAGUCCAUCGCGAUCGUGUUCACGAGCAACAAUGGUGGUACGCAGAACGUGCGUGUGGCGUUCCAGAGUUAUACUGCGACGUCGGCUGUGGCGUUUGUGACGGACAACUCGAGGGCUGUUGCGCCGCUGAAUGUGACGCUGUCGGGUGGGCAGGUGACUGUUGCUGUUCCGCCGCGGUCGGUGGUGACGGUGCAUAUUAACAAGGUCGCUGGGCCUGCGCCGAAUCCUAAUCCGGAGCCUACGACCCCGACGCUGCCGCCGACGACUACGCCGCCUGCUCCUACCCAGUCGACUUGCACGUGUAUCUAG